AUGGCGUCCGAUGGUGAAAUUUCGUGUGCGAAUGAUCCUAAUUUCGCUGUUAUUUACUCAUUUCUGAAAACAUUUGGCAAACUGUACGGCUUAGAGGUUCCUACGAUAUCUAAAUUACAAGAACUCAUAGAGAAUACACAAGAAGUGUUGGAUCCAUUGAAGGAGUUACACUUGAGACUUCUGCGCCGUGCUCAUAAAACGGUGGCUAGCAACAGAUGGGAGAGGUUUAUGAUAAAGUUUUGCCAUCAACAAGGUCAUCAUCAGGAAGCCUGGGAGAUCGAGAGGUUUUCUUACAAGAAAGCUAGUACUCAGGUCAAAUUGAAAGUAUUAAAGUUGUUACUAGAGUUCCAAUUUACUUGCCAUCCAAAGUUCAAGAAUGCUGUCAAUGCAAUAUCAUGUAAGGAAUUGAGGUUGGACCCCGUUGGCAGAGAUAAGAACGGUUGUGUGUAUUGGCUGCAGGUGGACCAUGAAGCCAAUCUCUGUUUGUAUAAAGAAGACCAGGAUGAGGAGACAUGGCAACUAGUAGCUAGGACUCGGGAGGAGUUGGUUAAAGUAAUAUCACAAUUGAAAAGUGGUGAGGAUGUGUCCCCACUGUUUGCUACUACCAGUAAUGUCAAUGAAGACUCCAGUAGUGCGGAGAUUCCACCACAGUUGGAGACAAACAAAUCAGAAGGUGAUGGUGAAGGAGAAAACGAAGAAGAGUUCCUAAGUCCUGAAUCAGAAUCUGAACAUGAAGUUGAUGAACAGAAAGUUGAUGAACAGAAAGAUGAAGAAGAGAUUGCUGAAGAACAUCCCGUACAGGAUAUAGUGGAAACUAAAGAAGAGGAGCCUCCCAGUAAUACAGAAGAGAAAGAAGAUCUUAUAGAGGAAGAAACAGAGCCGGAAGAAGUUACUGAGAGUAAAGAGGUUGUUGAACCAGAUACAAAAACAAUAGAAGAACAAGAACGAGAACCAGUUCCUGAACCUGAACCUAUAACAGCAGAGGAGGAGAAAAUAGAAGUGCAACAAGAACCAGCAAAAAGUCCUAAAAAAGCAGAGUCUCCAAGACCAGUAGAAGAAAACAAAGAAGAAAAAGCAACUGAAGAACCAGCACCAACUGAAGAUAUGACACCAGCUGAAGAAAGCAAAGAAGAUGACGGUGAAAAACUUAAUGAGAAUGAAGUAGGCGAAGCUAUUGAAGAACCAGUCAUGUUGGUCACUGGUGAGGGAAAUGGCGCGGAUUGCGAUAGUUCCUAUAUAAUUGGUGAAGAAAUUUCAGAACCUGUAAUGUUUUUUUAUGGAGAAGGCUGGGGAUACGACAAUGACACUGGUAACCCCGAAACUAUAGAACAAGCUCAUAGUCCCGAAGAAAAUUCCACUGAAGAAAACGGCAAUGAAGAGUGUCUUAAUGGUGAACAUCCUCACGAACUUUCAAAUUCAAGCAAUAAAAAUAAUUUAGUUAAAAAUGUUAAAUUAAAAAGUAGUGUACCUUCUGUGACGAAAAGAACUUUAAAAAAUCAAUCCAAUGACGAUAGCACAGAGGUGUUAAAUACUGAUUCUAAAAAACAUUGCGUCCGCGACGUAGAUCAAUCGGAUGGUUCUAAUUCUAAUAAGAAUACGGAAAAUGAAUUAAAAAGAGAAGCUAGUAAUGAUAAAAGUACCACAGAUAGUGAAAGUCCUAAAAAGAAUAAUGCUAAAAAGGGGAGGGGGAAAGUUAAGAAGAAAAGCAAUGUAGCCAGGAAUUUAAACUUAAACAAAAGUACAGAAGUAGUUAACUCAGAGACUGAUAAUUGUCAUGAUAGUAAAACAAGUAUUAUUGAGAAGAGAAAGAGUAGUGUGUCCUCCGUGGACCAAGACGAUACUGUGAACACAGAGAAUGAACAUGAGAAGAGUCCUGACAAAGAACUAAAAGUAGAAGACCCUUUACCUCCCAAGAAGUUAAGGUUAGAAACCACACCAGAAAGUGACGUAAACACACAUUCCAAUGAAACAGCCGAUAAUGUAGAGAACAGUGAAACUAAUAAAGACAAUUUGAAUAAUGUUGAAAGCAAUGCUAUAGCGCAGCGGAAGAAAAUAAAGGCACAUAAAGGUAAAUUUAAAAGAAAAAAGAUAGUCAAAAAAGAUGAAGAAGAUGUAGAUAAAAACAGUGACAAAGAAACGAAUGACAAUGGUAAGAAGGAGUGUAAAUCUUUGAAAAGGUCUCUAUUAGAUGCUACAAUGAGUGAUAAGAAUAAAUCUGAAUCUCAAAGCGAAAGUGAAGAUGACGAACCCAUCACAAGCGGCAAACGUCUUAAAAUUAAACCUAAGAAAAUUAUCACUUCUACCAGAAAAAAAGUGGAAGCCAAACUUCUAGAGAAACAUUCAAGUGACGAAUCUGAGGAAGAGACUCUCUAUAGUAUAGCUGGCAAGAAAACGACAAAGAAAUUAGUUAAGAAGAAAGCAAAGGGGAAGUCUGACAAGGGCAAGUCAAGCAAUGACAAGAGUAAGAGCGGUAAGGGCCGCGGGUCGGACGAUUCUGACGUCGCGCCGAUACGACAGUCGCGGCGGAUCGCGCAGAUGAAGAUCAAGGAGGAAGCCGAUCGACGGCAUUUGGAAGAAGUCGCGCUGAGAGAACUUAAGAAGAUUCAUAAGAAAAAGAACAAAGAAGAAGAAGAAGGAGAAGAAGAAUGGCGUGCCAGUGGAGCGAGUAGCUCUGACGGGGAGCGACGACGACGCAAGUCCCAGUGGCGCUCCGACCACUCCACCGGACCUGAACCUGACUCCGACUCCGAUGAACCAUUGUUCGAGCUGCACGAGGAGCCUGAACUUGUUUUCAACAAAUCUGACCAUGAAUUUUCACCGGAAUCUGACUUGGAGAGUGGAGAACCAGUUGGACCUCUUAAACGAGCUCGUACUUUACAAGAAAGUAAGGAGGACGCGGAGGGCUUCUGCAAGCGCUGCGGCAGCGGCGAGCAGGCGGAGUGGAUCCUGCUGUGCGACGCGUGCGACGCGGGGUACCACGCCAGCUGUCUCAAGCCCGUGCUCUUCGUCGUGCCCGAGGGGGACUGGUUCUGUCCGCCCUGUAACCAUGACAUGUUAAUAGCAUCGUUAGAAGCAGAACUAGUAAAGUACGACGAACUGGUAGUGACAGUGGAAGCGGAGAGGGAACGGAAGAAGCUAGAGGAACCAGAGCCCAAGAGUGAGAAGGAGUCUGAGGAUGAGAAGGAAGCUCCGAAAGAAGAAGAUGAUGAAGAUAAAUCUAGCGACGGCAGUGGCAGCAGUGAGUGGUCGUCGACGUCGUCGGAGGGCGCGGUGUACAGACUGCGCGCGCGGAGGCAGCUGCCCGUCAGCUACCGCAGCCAGGAGUACGACCGACUCAUCAGCUCCGCCAUCAAGGAGGAAUACGUAGAAGCUACAACCAGCGCGGGUAACCAGGGUCGAGGCAAGGACAUAUCAACUAUCAUUGAGGCAGCUGAGGAAGAGAAGAUGAAGGCGGAACGAGAGGCUUUAGAACAGGGCAAACCCAUUGAGAGAAAAACAAAGAAGAAGCAACGUCGGAAGCCGAGGAAACUGAACUCCUUGGAGGUACCUUCGGAGGACGAUGACGAAACCGAUGAGGACUUCAAAGAUACUGGUGGUUUAAGUAUGUCAUCUUCCGAGGACAUAUCGUCAUCGAAUGACAGAGGUAGCUCCAGUGAUUCCAGGUCUUCGGACUCGCUGCCUAUUCGACGGACGUGCAGAUCUGAUAAGAAAGGCGAACGUACGAAACUGACAGAAUCUUCGCCAGAAGUUAAAAAGAAGAAAAAAGGCCAGUUCGAAGACAGUUCCAGUGAAUCAGCCGGCGCCAAGGAAUGGUCAUCCAAAUCUAAGUCAAAAUCAAAAUCCCGACCUCCAAAGGUGAAGCGGCGUGAUAAAUCAAAGAAGAGACGUAAGCGCAGUGGUCUAACGCAGUACGAUGCGGAAGGUAACGUGAUCCGCGCCCGGGUCACGUACGGGGGUCUAAGUGGGGAUGACGGGGCCAAUGAUUGGUCUCCCAAACAUAGGACAAGACAGAAGAAGAUUAACUAUACUGAGAUGCCCAAUACCGAGUCUGAGGAUGAAAUGCACAAAUCAAGCGGCAAACACAUGCCGGACAGUUCGGACGAGUACAAAAUCGAUACGGACGCAUCAACGGACUCCGAUGAUGAACGGGCUAAACGCAAGAAGGCAGAAGAGGAAGAAAUAGACCAGUCUAGCGAGGAGAAGAAGAAGGCUCUCAGUGACUUGAUCAAGAAGACCGCGGUGGUACCUCUUGAGAAGUUACCCGAAGAUGUCACUAAAGCUAAGACUGAGGAGUUACAAGCACACCUUAAUGCCCAAGCAGCCCUGAACGCGCGUCCAGCUCGCGGUAGAGGGAGCAGGGGCGGCCGUGGGAGCAGGGGCCCGCGUGGCGGUCGCGGUCGCGGCGGGGGCCCGAGCUCGGGGCCCAGUACUCCCGGUGAUGCACCCGCUAGCGACGAUGCACUCGCCAAACUUAUCGGAGUUAAAAUUAAAGAUCUCAGAACGGACGGCUCACCAAUGAAACCUAAUCAAGUUGAAAGGGAGAAAAAGCGACAAGAACGCGAAGCGAAACGAGCCGAGCGUGAAGCAAAGAAAGUAGAGAGAUUACAGAAGAAAGAAGAAAAAGAAAAGAUGAAAGAAAUGAAGGCUAAAGAACGGGAGGAGAAACGACUUGCUCGACUAGCCAUGCAAGAGAACAAGAGAAUUAAGAAAGAGAAGAUGGAGUUCCCUGUUGGUCCUCCUAUGUCAUAUGGUGGUCCUGGCGGACCUGGUGUUCCGAUAGGACCUGGUGGACCCAUCGGACCUGGUGGGCCUAGCGGACCGGGCCCAAGGCCGCAUGGCUUUGGACCGUCGCCGCAUAUGCCUAACGAUUUCCAUGAACAACCCCGGUUUCCUACCACACCGAGGCUACAGGUCCGUGCGGAACUACGCGGAGUACUAACAGGGGAGGAGCGACAACACGCGCGACCCGACCAUGUCGCCGCGCUCAGGGAAGGUACGCUUUCAGUAGCUGGAUCGCCGCAGCCGUUCAAGCCGAUCACGGAGGAGCCGAGCAUCAUCACACGGAUGCCGCAUAUGAUUAACCAACAAUACAGAGGUCCGAUGAUGUACGGCGGCGGCGCGUCGUACGGCGCGCGCGGGCCGGCCGUGUCCAUGUACCAGCUGCACCCCGCGCUGGCGCCCGCCGCGCGCGCCUUCCCGCACUACUACUCGCGCGCGCAGCACUACUCCGCCGGACAUCUGCAGCACGCCCCGCCCGGACACGGGCCGCCCGCCGCCGCGCACGGACCGCCAGGCCAUGGACCGUCUCCCCCUGGCCACGGGCCGCCUCCAGGCCACGGCCCACCUCCAGGCCACGGCCCACCUCCUGGCCACGGCCCACCUUCAGGCCACGGCCCACCUCCAGGUCACGGCCCACCCUCAGGCCACGGCCCACCUCCAGGCCAUGGCCCACCUCCGGGCCAUGGCCUUCCUCCUCCUGGUCACGGUCCACCUCUCGGACACGGUCCAUCUCCUGGUCAUGGACCCUCGCCUGGACACGGGCCUCCCCCGGGCCAUGGCCCCACUCCCCCCGGUCACGGGCUCCCUCCCCACGGGCCCCCGCACCCCGGCCACGGGCCGCUGGGCAUGCACCGACCGCACGCACCUGGCCCGCCCGGUGCGAUGCCUCCUACUUCAAGCCCACAUGGGCCACCAAACUCUGGCCUCGCAGGCCCAGGCGGACCACUCGCUAUAUUACGCGGUAUGGCUCCAGGUUUAAUGGGACCUCUCGCUGGAGCACUACAAGGUCGAGAACCACCUUCUGCAUCACCAUCAGGUCCCCCGCGGUCUACGCCACCAGCAGAACAUGAGCCGCCUGUGCGAAUUAAGGCAGAGGUUAAAACUGAACCAGAAUAUAAUUCUCCUGCUGGGUCACCCGCGCGGGAACCAACCCCGCCACGUGAUGAGCCACCCAGACAUCCUAAAAUAAAACAUACAGAGAACAAAGACCGACGACCGAGGUACCCGCUCGGACCGUACGCCCCGCAGUAUGGGCCAUACGGACCAUAUGCGCCAGGUGCUGGACCAGCAGACCGUCCAGGGCCGUCUGGACCACGUGGGCCUCCUCCACUACUCAAUCCUUAUGCAGCUGAAGCACGACCUCGAAGUCCCGCGUCGUCAGAGCGACCGCAAUCUUUAGAGAGGCCUCAUUCAUUAGAGAGGCCACACUCUUUAGAGUCCCCUGCACACGGACCACCCACACACGGGCCGCCCCCGCUGGGGCCUCUCACACAUGGCCAGCCACCGCACGGCCUGCCACCACAUGGGCCUCCAGUGCACGGGCCUGCUACACAUGGUCCGUCGCCGCACGGUCCGCCAGCGCAUGGACCCCCUCCUCAUGGGUCACCAGCGCAGGGGCUUCCUACGCACGGACCCCCUCCUCACGGCCCGCCAGCCCAUGGGCCCCCUACACACGGCCCGCCACCGCUCGGUCCUCCUACACAUGGGCCGCCAACGCACGGCCCCCCGACACAUGGGCCUCCCCAUGGUCCAGUGCCCCCCGGGCCGGGUUUCCUGGCCGCCCACCUGCGGCCGAUGUUACGUCCGCCGUACGUGGCAGUGGCGGCAGGGCGGGGCAGCCCAGUGGGCGCGGCUCCCUUCGCGACACAGUUCACUGAAGUAGCGCGGACGUCACCCGCCGCACGAGACGAGUUGUCGGCCGCGCCGCUGGUGACGGUGAAGACGGAGGCAGGCGUCGGCCCCGCGCGGCCGGGGCUGGGCGAGGCGGAGGGCGGCGAGGGUGGCUCUGUGUUCGGCGGGCUCGUGAGCUACUUCUCCAGCCAACACGAGGACGACAUGGACGCGUGA